UACUUAAAUAAAAUAAAAUAAAAUAAAAAACCUUAAAUCUAAGAUUACAAAACUGAGAAAAACAAAAAGUCGCCUCCUCAUCCGUCGGCGGGAGAAAAAUUCAGGAAAGUGUCAAUUUUUAAAAUUUCUUCCCCAAUUUGAUUUGGAUAAUCAUUAUUAGAAUCAAUCUCUGGAAAGUUCGAAUUUUUCAGGUUGAAAUAAUGAUUCUUUCUUUCUUGCCAUUGCUUUUAAAAAUCCUCAUAUCAUCGAUCCUGUCAAGGAAGUGGGUAAAGUUUGAGUUUUUAUUCUGGAGUUUGACAAAAGUUAUCGACUUUUCGAUUUCUGUCGCUCAGGGUAUGAUGUGUAGACAACAAUCUUGGGGUUUUGAAUAGUUUGUGUAUUGAAAGUUGUCUGAGAUGGAAGCAGCUAUUGCUCAAAGGUUUCAGUACCCAUCAUGGGUUGAUUGGAGAGAGUUUGAGAGGAAGCUGCCGCGUGGUUCAUUGCGGUAUCCUCAGCGAGCUAAGGAAGAGAAAAGGUUCAGGGGUCUUGCUUUGGCUCAUUUGCAACCUGAAAGAAGAAACAGAUCGUUGUCUUCAGAGCUUUCAUGUUCUGCUGAUAAUUCUUCAGCAUUGUUGGAGGCCGGAAGUGUUUAUCCAUUUGAUGAGGAUCUAAUUCUCAAGAGAAAAGCAGAAGAGGUUAAACCGUAUUUGAAUGGACGAUCUAUGUACCUUGUUGGGAUGAUGGGUUCUGGGAAAACAACCGUGGGAAAGUUAAUGUCCAAAGCUCUUGGUUAUUCCUUCCUUGACUGCGACACUUUGAUUGAGGAGGCGAUGAAUGGAACUUCUGUAGCAGAGAUAUUUGAGCAUCAUGGAGAGGGUUUCUUUAGAGGAAAGGAGACCGAUGCACUAAAGAAACUCUCUUCGAUGUAUCAAGUUGUUGUUUCCACCGGUGGAGGUGCAGUUAUAAGACCCAUUAACUGGAAGUAUAUGCAUAAAGGAAUCAGCAUUUGGUUAGAUGUGCCUCUAGAAGCCUUAGCCCAUAGAAUUGCUGCCGUUGGAACUAAUUCACGACCAUUGUUACAUGAUGAAUCAGGAGAUGCAUACACAGUGGCUUUGAAGCGUCUUUCAACUAUUUGGGAUGAGCGCAGUGAAGCAUACACAAAUGCAAAUGCCAGAGUGUCGUUAGAAAAUAUUGCAGUCAAGCGUGGCUAUAAAGAUGUCUCAGAUCUCACACCAACUGAAAUCGCCAUCGAGGCCUUUGAGCAAGUUCUGAGCUUUAUAGAGAAUGAAGAAACAAUGGAGAUCCCUGACGGUGACCUCUAAUUUCCCAGCCUCCUGUUCUCUGUCUCUUCAUUUAUAUCUGUUCAAUCAACUCAACGAAGCAAUCACCAGGCCAUUGAGCAAGUUCAGAGACAAAGAAGACCUCUAGUUACUGGUUCUGGGUCAUUGGAGCUUACACCAGCCUAAUUUUGACUGGAACAAUGCUUUGUUUAAAGAAGAUGUAAUAUGUGUAUAUAUAACUUAAUAAUACUCUUAUUGUUCCACUAUCAUUUUCCUUCUCUUUUCCUUGAAACAAAAUAAAUAAAAAGUAGCCGUAUUCGUUUUGUUAA